UCCAAUAUGGCGGUAAACGAUUUAUGAAAGGUGCGAAUUGUUUUGGUUCGAAACGAGAAUCGAAAAUUAGAAAAAAAACGCCGAAACGCGAGAAAACGUACGAAAAAUGAAUUGACGCCGCGAAAAUAUCCGUGCAAGGCUCCGUUUGGUUUUGUAUCGAAGUGAGUUUUGUGUCAAUAAUAGUGUUAUAUUUAUGUGGUAUUUAAUUCUAAUGAUUUCACAAAUGAUAUGUGACCAUAUAUUUAACGAGAGAUAUGUCUGCUAAUGAUAAAAAUCCAUGUUUGGGCGUAAGUGAUAAGACUGUUGUGGAAAAGGAAGAAAAGAGUGUUGUUGUUCGGGAUGAAGGCGGUGAGAAAAAAGCGGAAAAACUCAGACGAAAGGUGUCUUUCCCUCACGAUGAGCAGUUAGUUACAAAAUACUUCGAACCCUACAACCCUUGGCAUGAAGUGCCUACAACGACGCGGGCGCAGCUGGCCGCCGAGUACCUCGAAGCGUGCCGAGGUCACGACACGCCACCGAUCGACUCUGUCUUGCAGCAGAUACGGGAGUUACCAGAUAACACGAUAGGAGGCAGUACGCGCGCUUCCCGCCUCGCUCUCGCUUCGUGUUCGCUUCGCGGCCCCGCGCCGGUAGACGCACUAGAAGCGUUGCUCAAAAAGGUGCAGUUUAGAAGGCUCGAACUGGACCACGUGUACGUGGACGAUGAAGGCGCGGAAGCCAUUUUUGAUAUGGUCGAAUACUACGAGAGCGCUACGGCGGUUUGCAUCAAUGGGCCGAGAAAUUUCGGCAUCAGGGGGUGGCAGUCCGCUUCAAGGAUGAUAAAGAAGAGCGCAGAACUAUCAGAACUGGAGAUAUCUGAGAGUCCAUUAGAACCAGCGCACGCGGAAGUGCUAGCUCGAGCGUUGAAACCGCUCGCCUGUAGACUUCGUUCGCUGUGUUUGCAGCAAGCAAGCUUGGCUGGCGAGCCUCUGUUGUGUUUGGUGAUUGCACUGAAAUCGAACAAUUCCCUCCGCGAACUGCGUCUCGGCGACAAUCGUCUAGAACACUCGGACGCCUGCCAACUGGGCUCGCUGCUCAGAUACAACACGCGGCUGCAGCUGCUGGACCUGUCCAACAACGCCAUACAGGACGCAGGAGUGGGGUUCAUAGCGGAAGCAUUGGUCGCACAAUCUCAACACACCCCGCCCUCGGCGCCGACGUCACCGCUGUCGCCGCAUCAUUGCCCGUUGAGCGGAUACGAGUCGCGCGGUCUGGCUUUCCUUGUGCUAUGGAACAAUCAACUGACUAGGAAUUGUACUAACCACCUAGCCAGAGUGUUGCGUGUAUCCCAAUCUCUCUGCGUACUGAACGUCGGUCGAAAUUCGCUCGGUUCGGACGGCGUUAGGGCUCUAGUAUCCAACGGGUCCGGAGCCCUAGUGUCGCUCGGGCUCCAGGCUGCAAGGUUGGGGGCCUCCGCUGCUAAGUGUCUAGCUGAUGUCAUACGGACGGAUAGUAAGCUGCAGAGGCUAGAUCUACGCGACAAUAGGCUGGGCGUGAGCGGUCUGCAAGCGUUGUGCAAUUCGCUGAAAGAGAAUAAAACGCUGUCGCAAAUCGAUUUGGACGAUCCUGUGGAAACCCCGAACCCGACGGUAACAGCUCAAUCCUGUACCGAAUCGGCCACAAUAUCGCGUCUAACGCGCGAGAUCAGAUCGGCGUGCGCGCGCAACGAGCCCCGCGCUCCGCCGAGACCGUUACGCCGGAUCAGUUUGACUUGCCGCACUGUGCAUGCGCCGGCGGCUGGCCUGCUGGCCAAGCCAACCGAAGAGGACAAACGUGUCCGCCUGCGCUCCCCGGCCCCUUCCCCCGCGCCGUCGCCCGCGCCCUCCCCGGCGCCCUCGCCGUCCCCGUCGCCGGCGGGCAGCCCGGUGCCGAACACCAACACGCGGUUCUAUGUGACCCGCGUUACUCCGGAGAGGGACUCGUCGACGGACAGCUCGAGUCCAUCGACACCGACCAGGCCGUCGUACUGUUCGACACCGUCGAGGUUUAAAGUUGUACAGGUAGCGGAACCGCCUCAAAUACAAAUCCACCCGGCUCAACCAAGACGGCCGUCCUCAAGAUUCUCCGUAACAAGAAACUACGAUACAAUAUACAAUCCUACACCCUCACCGACUCCCUCACCGCUCACCGUUGCUACAGAAAAUGUACCUGAAAUAACUAGGGAUCAUCCCAAUGAAGAAAAAUGUGCAAAAAGUGUGUCUCAAGACGAUAAAAGUGUGUCUCAAGACAAUGAAAGUGCUAAAAGUGUAUCUGGAGACGACAAAAGUGUGUCUCUGGACGAUAAAUGUGCUAAAAGUGAUGUAAAAGACGUCCAAAGUGAUAUAAGUGACACUAAACACGGGGAAAGUGUUAAAAGUGCCACUAAAGACGGGGAAAGUGUUCGAAGUGACGCUAAAAAUGAUGUCGUGUGUGUUAGUGUAAAGGAUAGUAAGUGUGUCGAAAUGCAUGGGGAUAGUGUGAAAUGCGAUGUUAAAAAUGAACAGGUAGCUGCUAAAAUGAAAGAUAGCACUGUUGAAAAUGUAAAAAGUGUGCAAAAAUUUGUAAAUAUCCCUCAAAUCGUUAAAAAUGAUGAAGUUAUGAUUGAGCAAAGUGUAAGUUAUGCUGGAAAAGCUAAAAUUGAUGAAACAAAUAGAUGUGAUAAACUGAAAGAGGAAAUGGGUAAAGCAAUUUCUGAUACAGUUGUGAUAAAAGAUAAAGUGUCAGAAAUUAUUGAUAGUAUGAACAAAUUGGAAAUCGAAAAGAAGGAAAAGAUAAUUGAUGUAAUGAGUGACGUCAUAGGCGUACCUGAGAGUGUUUCAAAGGAUCAGAGCGCAGAUUUUGGGAAGAAAAUUGAUGAAACAAAAACAAUUUUAAAUAAAGAAACUGCUAUAGAACUUGCAAAACCUUCAGUUAACAAUAAGGCUGAAUUAUCGAAAGAUACGAAAAAAAUCGAGAGUGUAGUCACAGAAAUAGUGACAGAAAUUGAGCCGCUAGAAGUUAUACUAAAAUCAGAAUCUGUGAUAGCAAAUAAACACGUAGAUGAAAGGACAGAACUGCCACCGAUAUGUUUAAUAAGUUCUGCUGAUAAAAAUGUUUCUGCUGAUAAACAUGUUACUGCUGAUAAAAAUAUUUCUGCUGAUAAACAUGUUACUGCUGAUAAAAAUAUUUGUGCUGAUAAAAAUGUAUCUGCUGAUAACAAUAUUUCUGAGACUCAGAAUGUAGAAGAUAAAAAUUCGAGUGUUGUCAAAGUUGCUGUAACAAAUAUUCUCGAUAAUAUAGAUGUAUGGGAUCCCUUACGAACUAUGUGCAAAGAUACAGAAACUAAAGAAGAUAAUUCAAAAAUGGUUGAAUGUAACGUUAAAAGUGAUAAACUGAUUGGAGACGCGAAAGUGAGUGAUAGUGUUAAAGAUGUUAAACUUAGUGAUAAUGUUAAAUUAGGAGAUAUAUUAAAAACGGACAGUGGCUAUAACGAUAAACUGGAACAAGUGUCUCACUUUGAAACAGUUAGUGAUGUCGGUGAUGAGAAAAUCGUUAAAACCGAAACUAAAUUAGUUAAAAGUAAUGUAGAAGUAACCGAAACAGAAAAAUUAAACGUGGAGGUUGCGGUUACGGUUAAAAGCGAAACCAAUACCGUUAAAACCAAAGUACAUAGUGACCAAAAUGUAAAUAUAGCUCAUAAGGAGAAGGGGGAUGUAGCGAUAAAGCAAAUAGAAGCCAUCACGGCUGAUUUAGGUAAUUUAAUACAAGAAAUGCAAGAUCUAUCGACGAAAACGCGGAAAAAGGACGAUUUAGAUUUAAAUAAUGUUGUACCUGCUCGAGAUAAUGUAGUUUUAAAGAAGAAUAAGAGUGAGUCGAGUUUAGAUAGUCCAGACUUGGAAGUAUCAAGGCUCAUGAGGAAACAGAUCAGUGCCUUUUGCGAUAGUAGUUCAUCGCUUGAAAUAUCGGGCAGUUCGGUGGAGAGUCUCAACGCGGAGCACCGUUUGAACCGGCCUGUGAUAGUGGAAACGGUUGAAGCGAAACGGAUGCAGUUUUCAACGGAGAGUAGUAUGGAGUCGACCAGUGAAGUUACACCAGUGAAUUUGAAUGUAUCUAUCAGCUCGAAUGAAAGCGUGUCACCUAUUAUUUUUGGUGGUUCGAAGAAAAUUCACGAUUCGUUAUCGAGUCUGGAAGCUAGUGUUAGUUCUAUAGAAUCGGCGAGGCAUGAAAAAAUGAUGGUCACAUCAGCCGAUUCUGGUAUAGAGCAUUCAUUGAAUCCUUCAGAGAUCAAAGAAGAUAGUUCUUCCAAUGAAGGCACGUUAACUAAUAGCUCAAGUUUAAAAGACUCGGUCAAAACCUCGCAAGAUACAUUGACAUCGCCGAAACGCACUUCGAGCCUGUUAGAUGUGCCCGCUUUGAAAUCUAAAGGGUUAGAGAGAAUGAGGAAAAUAUCCUGGGUAGCUCCUUCACCGAGUUUCCAUAUACCAAGGCCAGAUCCAGAGAAGUUGGAAAAUAAAUUCCCAACGAAUUUGGAGAAGUUACUAAGUCUGUUCCAACAUCCGAGCAGUUUGUUCUCAAGGACAACAUCAGAAGAAGACAAGAAAUCUACAUCCAGCACUCCGCCUAGAAAGGAUUCUUCUCUGACAAGUUCGUUCUGGUCCUGGGCUAGUUCGUCAGAUAAAUCGGACAAAGAUGACAAAGAUUGUGAUAGCCUUUCCGAAGCUACAGACUCUACUCUAUCAGAAAGAGUGCAAGUGUCUUACGUAGAUGAGUCUUUUUCAAGGAAACUCGAUAGUAAAACACCGUCAACAGACACUGAGAAUACGCUAAGCGAAUUUCAAAGCUUCCCAAACGCAGAGGACAACGUAGUUACCGCUAAAACCACCGAUGAAAAUUUAGUACAAACUUUAGAUGUAAGCAAAACGGACGCAGGAGCGUGUGAUAUCAAAGAUCUCAAUGUGCCCAACGAUUUGGAAAAAUUGUGCGAGAAACAAGAUACAGUUGAAAGUGACGCGAAAGAGUGUAAAGUUAUUGUUAAGUUAGACGAGAAGCCAGUAGAUGUAAGGCCAAGAUCUUUCGCCUCAGUACUAAAAUCUACGGGAUCGGAAAAUUCGCUAGAAAAACAGAGUCCUGAAUCAGGACAUCCUGUAGAUAAAUUCCCGAGUAAAGUGAUUCGAGGUAUAAAGGAAAACGUCAGCCCGGAGAAUACUAUAACAGCAAGUAUGUCAAGUAAAGCGUUGGCAUACGAAUUGACGGAUCGUCAGAUUAAAAAUCAGCCCAUAGUCAGUACUAUAUGGGAGAUCAAAACGCCUAUGCUAGAGAAAAGUCAACCUAAAUUAGACGAAGUUAAGGCGCAAAGUGAUUUGGCACCGAUCGCAAAUAUAGACGAAACAUGCGAUGUGGCAGCAGACGAUUGUAUACAACUUGCGUAUAUAGAUGACGUUAAAGUCGACGAUGAGAAUAAAUUCAUCAAAGAAUUGGGUUCCGUAGAUGUUGCUAAAGACGCGCUUUCGUACUUGGAAUAUGAAAAUAAAGAAAAGCCGGAAGUGAAAGCGGAAUCUUCGUUAGCGCAAGAGUUGCAAGACGCGGAGAAAAAGGAACAAACAGUGGAUCUAUCUCCGGAAUUGGUUGUUGAUGAUACAGUAGUGUUGCCAGAGUUGCUAACCGUCGAUAUUAAGGGCAAAAAGAGCUCGCCAAUAAUACCGGAACGGGCGAAAUUAAAAAAAUCGAACUCGCUAGAGGAUUUGACGAAACGCUUAGAAAAAGAGAGUCCCAAAAUGAAGACAAUCGCCUUUAAAGUGCCGGAGAGUACUACGCCGCGUGAUAUACCAGAGAGACGGGGGAAAUUACGAUCCAGAAGCGGUUCGAGCCCGAAAUCUCUACCAGAAAGCUUAAAUAAACCCUGCCCACUAUCGAAAAUGGACUCUAUAUUGAGUAAAAAGAAGAAAAAGGUGACAUCUCUCGGGAAAAUGGCAAGAGAUUCCCUUCUAGCGCUGAACAUGAGCGAGGAAGAAAUAGCGGAGUUUAGACGAUCCUACAAACUCACCUCAGUGGAGAGUUUGAGGUCACUCGAGUCGGUUUCUGAAGACGCCAACUCACAGAGUGGGACGUCCAUAGACUCCAGAUGUAGAGCAUGUCUACGGACGAGCCAAGAGAGCCUAAUAUCACUUGACUCUAUAACGGAAGAUUGUCGAUGCUCAGAGUUUUGCGAGCGGCGAACGCAUUCGAAUAGAUGAACUUUUUUAAACGGGUAUUUCGUAAUAUCAUAAAGAUGUAAAAUAUAUGAUAGUAUUAUUGUAAAAAUAUGUAUUAUGUAUAGUUUCAGAUUUUAUAUGCCGCGUUUGAAUUGAAGCUACGGUUGCGUUCGCUCGUUGUAACAGACGAUUAUUUAGACACGUACCAUCUUACGAAAGUUGGUUUAAACCCAGACUAAGUCAUCGAACCGUCUUAUUACAAAAACUUAACCUGGUUUAAACCCAGGUUGUAGUCAUGGUUUAACUUUGACAGAGGUUUAAACAUCUUAUCUAUUGUCCUUGUCUAUGAUUCGCUAAAACAUG